AUGACAAGCUUACGAAAUACAGGAAGAUUUCAAGCUUUUAGAAAUGCAAGAAAUAACCAAGAUCCAGACGGAAAUCCAUCGGGAGAGGCUUCAGGGGGUAGGUUAAACGAAGUUAAUGAAAAUAUAAGGGUAGAUGGUCUAUAUGGAUUUCACAGAGUAACUGACAUAAAAGAAAAAAUAGGAUUUCUUAUCAAUAUGCACACAACAGAAAUUAUAGAAGAUGACAAAAGAUUACAGAGUGGUGUAGACUAUUACUUUUUAGAAGAGGACUGUACCAGAUUUAAAAUUUCUUAUCCUUACUGUCCAUAUUUUUAUGUCUUAUGCAAGAAGGACACGUAUGAAGAAGUCUCCACUGGUUUAAAUAAAAAAUAUGCUGAUAUUAUACAUAAAGUAGAAACUUUUUACAAAGAAGAUCUUGAUCUGCCAAAUCAUUUAAUAGGAUUAAAACAAAAAUAUCUGAAACUUUCUUUUUUAAAUACUGUAGACUUGAAUAAAGUCAGACGUGACAUUAGGAAGGCUGUGAAAAUAAAUAAGGAACGGGAAAAAGGUCAUACAUAUUAUACAGACAUGUUAUCAAAUGUGUUAAAUCCAAAUGAGAAUGUAGGAGUUCAUGAAAUGCAAACCAUAGAUUUUAAAGAUAAUAUUCUUGAUAUUAGAGAAUAUGAUGUACCACAUCAUGUACGGAUGUCUAUAGAUAUGAAAAUUUUUUGUGGAUCAUGGUACUCUGUAAGGACAAGAGGAAGUGAAGUACCAAUCAUUACAAAGAGAGAUGAUAUUAUUGAACCACCAGACCCAAUAGUAUUGGCAUAUGAUAUUGAAACUACAAAACUUCCUUUGAAAUUUCCAGAUGCUAAUACUGAUCAGAUCAUGAUGAUAUCAUACAUGAUUGAUGGACAAGUAUUAUUCUACACUUUUACUUAACAUAAUUCUACUUUCAUACUUAAAACCUGAGGCAUACUUUAUUAUUACUUUCAGGGAUUCUUAAUAACAAAUGAAAAAGCGACCAUAAAAAGAUUUUUCGAUCAUAUAAAUACUGUUCGACCCCACAUAUUCGUAACGUAUAACGGUGAUUUUUUCGAUUGGCCAUUUGUCGAAACUAGAGCAGCUAUUCAUGAUAUGGAAAUGAAAAAUAGGAUAGGUUUCUCUAAAAAUCGUGAUGGCGUUUAUACUACUAGACCAGCCACACAUAUGGAUUGCUUAUGUUGGGUAAGACGCGAUUCUUAUCUGCCUGUAGGUUCUCAGAACUUAAAAGCUGUCGCAAAAGCGAAGCUUAGAUACGAUCCAGUAGAACUAGAUCCCGAAGAUAUGUGUAGAUUAGCGUCUGAAGACCCGGAGACUCUUGCAAACUACUCAGUUUCCGACGCGGUCGCUACGUAUUAUCUUUACCAAAAAUAUAUUCACCCUUUCAUAUUUGCGUUAUGUACUAUUAUUCCCAUGGAACCGGAUGAAGUUCUUAGAAAGGGAUCUGGCACAUUAUGCGAGUCUCUGUUAAUGGUUCAAGCCUUUGAAGCAAACAUUAUAUUCCCUAAUAAACAAGAACAACAACUAAACAAGCUAACGAAAGAUGGUCAUUUAUUGGACCAAGAAACAUAUGUAGGAGGACAUGUAGAAGCUCUAGAAUCAGGUAUAUUUAGAGCCGAUAUCCCAUGCCGCUUUAAAAUAGUACCGAGCGCGGUAGAUGAACUGAUAAAUGGAGUUCCAAAUGCUUUAAAACAUGCUAUACAAGAGGAAGAGAAGGUACCAUUAGAAAUGGUUACGAACUUCGAUGAAGUGGUCGAAGAAAUUACAGAGAAAUUGAAAGCUUUGAGAAAUCAACCGCUGAGAUUAGAAAAUCCUGUAAUUUAUCAUUUAGAUGUCGGUGCCAUGUAUCCAAAUAUUAUUUUAACUAAUCGACUGCAACCAUCCGCGAUGGUUAACGAAACUGUUUGUGCUGCUUGCGAUUAUAAUAAGCCAAAAGCACUUUGUCAAAGGAACAUGAUGUGGAUGUGGAGAGGGGAAUAUUUGGUUGCAAGCUUAAGUGAAUAUCAACGAAUCCAACAACAGCUUGAAAAUGAAAAGUUUCCUCCGCAAUUCCCUGGUGGAUCUCGAAGAGCGUAUCACGAAUUAUCCGCAGAGGAACAAGCAACAUACGAGAAGAAAAGACUCACGGAAUAUUGCAAGAAAGCUUACAAGAAAGUUAAAAUCUCCAGCAUGGAAGAAAGAACGCAAACAAUUUGCCAAAAAGAGAAUUCGUUUUAUGUGGAUACUGUGAGAGCGUUUAGGGAUAGAAGAUACGAAUACAAGGCGUUGACCAAAGCUGCGAAACAGCAAGUGGCAGCAGCCAUAACAAAGGGAGAUGCGGGUGAUAUUAAAUCUGCCAGGAAUCGAGAAAUAUUGUAUGAUUCCUUACAGCUUGCUCAUAAGUGUAUCUUAAAUUCUUUCUACGGUUACGUCAUGAGAAAAGGAUCGCGAUGGUUUAGUAUGGAGAUGGGUGGUAUAGUAUGUUACACAGGAGCACAUAUUAUCAUGAAAGCUAGAGAAAUUAUAGAACAGGUCGGUCGUCCUUUAGAAUUAGACACUGAUGGAAUCUGGUGCGUUUUACCUGCAUCUUUUCCUGAUAACGUAGUCGUUCAUACCUCUCAUCCAAAGAAGAAAAAGCUUGCAAUAUCGUAUCCAAAUGCUGUCCUAAAUUUUAUGGUGAAAGAUCAAUUUACUAAUAAUGUGUAUCAUGAACUCGUCGAUCCAGAAAAUUUUACGUAUAAUAUUAGAAAUGAGAAUUCUAUAUUCUUUGAAGUAGAUGGUCCCUAUUUAGCUAUGGUAUUGCCUGCUGCAAAAGAGGAAGGGAAAAGAUUGAAAAAACGAUAUGCGGUAUUUAAUUUCGAUGGUUCUUUGGCUGAAUUGAAAGGUUUCGAAGUGAAACGAAGAGGUGAACUUCAGUUGAUAAAAGUCUUUCAGACUUCUGUUUUUGAAUCCUUCUUAAAAGGCAACACGUUAGAAGAGUGCUAUGCUUCAGUAGCCAAAGAUGCGGACUAUUGGCUCGAUUUGCUUUACAGCAAAUGUCCAGACAUACCAGAUUCGGAGUUGUUUGAGCUCAUAUCCGAAAACAAAUCAAUGUCACGUAAAUUGGAAGAGUACGGAGCUCAAAAAUCCACUUCUAUUUCCACGGCGAAAAGAUUAGCUGAAUUUUUAGGUGAUCAAAUGGUCAAGGAUGCCGGUCUAGCAUGUAAAUAUAUCAUUGCUAAUAAACCUCCAGGUGCACCAGUUACAGAAAGGGCAAUACCAUUAGCCAUCUUUCAAUCAGAACCAGCAAUAAGAAGAUACUAUUUGCGAAAGUGGUUAAAAGAUCCUGGUUUACAGAGUGACGAUAUUCGACAUAUUUUAGAUUGGAGUUACUACAUUGAAAGACUUGGAAGUGCUAUUCAAAAGAUUAUCACAAUCCCAGCAGCGAUGCAAGGGCUUUCUAAUCCGGUUCCUAGGGUAAAGCAUCCGGAUUGGUUGCAUAAACGAGUAAUGGAAAAGAGUGCAACGCAUAAGCAAAAGAGAAUUACCGAUAUGUUUUCCAUUUUGCCUAAAGAGAAGGAAAAGGAUAGUGACCAAGAUUUAAAUUCAUCUGGUCCAAGCGACAUAGAAGAUAUAGCAGGAGGAAGUGGAACAUUUAAGAAACCAUUGCCUGUUAUUAAUAAAAGGAAAAGACAAUGUUCUGAUGAAGAGGAAGCAGAGAAUAAUAACAAAAAUUGGAGAGAAAUCUUAGGUUCACCACCACCAAUGGGGAAGACAAAGGAAGAAAGAUUGGAAUGGUUGAACUUUCAUAAGAAGAAAUGGGCCUUUUUGGCUAAACAAAGAGCUAAAGUUCAGAAGAGCAAAAGGAGUAAAAUGAUUAGUAACGAAGAUCAAGUUAGUUGGGGUGUUCAAAGAAAUGUUAAUACAUCCACAUUAAGUGGCUUCUUGAGGAAAACUCAAAAGAAGUUGCUCACAACACCGUGGCAAAUUAUUCAAAUCUCGCCGACAAACGAAUCUGGUUUGUAUCGAUUGUGGGUAUUGGUCGAUAAAGAUCUUCAUCAAUUACGUCUUGUGAUACCUCGUAUAUUUUAUGUAAACACUCGUAAACGAAAAGCUGAUCCAGAAUCAGGAAAAAAAGUAUCCUGGAUGAAGAGUGCUAAGAUUCUUCCGCGAUCUCGGCCUAUAUAUAAUUUGUAUCGGUAUUCUGUGCCAGAAGCACAGUAUCAAAAGUAUAGUCAGGAGCUUUUAGAAGACUUAAGUAAACCAGAAAUUGAAGGAAUUUAUGAGACUCAAAUGUCAUUGGAGUUCAGAGCUAUUCUUCAAUUAGGAUGCAUUUGUACAGUCGAUCCUAAGGCAGCGCGCACCUUAACAGACGGUGCGGACACGUUUGCAUUAGACCAGUUAGAAUUCAAAAGUAUUGGUGUCCAACCGUAUCUUAAAAAUAUUCAUGGAAUCAAUUACGCUUUCUUGUAUCAUCAUUGGAGCUCGAAUCAUCGAAGAGCUAUAUGGGCACUCUUUCUAAAUGCGAGUAAAAGAGUUCACGUAUUCGCUUUGGACACGGUUUCGUCAAAUCAGAUGCCUAAUAUGAAUACAUUGUACACUGAAGAACGGAACACAGCAAUAUCUAUGAAUGGGGAGGAGAAACUAAAAUAUCUACCAGAAUCAAUGCAAUUUGUAUUGCGAUUUGAAACAAAUUUCCAACACUUGUGCCGUACUUUACAAGCAGCCUUAACUGCAUACAAAAAUGAAGGACAUGGUCCUACGAUAUUUAUUACACAAACAGCUUUAGAUAAAACAGUAUUACUAACUCAAAUGCCCCUACUUAAUGAUUUUCCAUUAAUCAGCACCCAUGUACAAGAUAUCGAGAAUUUAUACAAUACGAUAGAAUGGCAAAAAGUUGGUGCGAAAAUAAUGGUACGUCAUUAUUUUAAGAGCCACCAAAUUUUCGAAUUGAUGGCAGAACAAUGUAGAUUCUUUCAUGCACCCAUUGGAAAUAUUCCUGCAGAUCCUACUAUGUUUGGCGCCGAUCUAUUUUACGCUAGACAUUUGCAAAAACAUAAUUUCGUACUAUGGUGUUCUUCAACUGAGACACCAGAUUUAGGAGGCAGCGAAAAUGAUGAUAACCGAUUAUUAACGGACUUCGAAGAAAGUUCUCAUUGCGCUGCGAAUAAUCCUGGGGCUUAUUCUAGUGUAUGCAUUGAAUUAGAGAUAGAAAGUUUAGCAGUAAAUACAUUAUUACAAUAUCAUCAUAUUCAUGAUAUCGAUGGGACCAGUAAUUUUGUCGCAUUUCAUAAUCAACAAUUAACAUCUCUACAAGAUCUGGCAACUGGAGAACCUAUGAAUAUUGUGAUUCCUAGUUAUGAUGAAACUGCACUUUGCAGUCCUGCAUUUAGAACACUGAGAAGUAUGGUCAAUGCAUGGCUACUGGAUGUUUCAGUUUACAAAAAUGUAUUUGCAGAUUAUCAAAUUAUUCAUUUUUACAGAUGGUUACGUUCAUCUAAUGCUUUACUCUAUGAUCCUGCUUUAAGAAGAACUUUGCACAGCUACAUGAAGAAAUUAUUUGUACAGUUAUUAGCCGAAUUUAAAACUCUGGGUUCGAUUAUUAUUUUUGCAAAUUUCAAUAAAAUCAUCGUGUGUACUAAGAAGAGGACAGUGAGUGAUGCAUUGGGCUACGUUGAAUUUGUUGUCCAAACAAUACGAAAUAAAGAACUCUUCCAUAGCAUUGAAAUAACUUUCGAACGAUGUUGGGAGUAUUUGAUAUGGCUCGAUGUUCAUAAUCAUGCUGGUGUAAGUGGAAAAUUACCAAAAGAUAGGGAAGGAAAUAUAGAAGAAACAAAUACUAUGGAUGAAAAUGAUGUUGAAAAUGAUGAGGAUGAAAAUGAUGAUACUCCUGAAAUAGUGAUGCAGUGGAAUUUGAUGGAAUGUCUUCCUAAAGAGUAUGCAUGUCAAUCAAGUUUUAGUACUAUAAUUGCAGGAUAUAUACAUGCCAUUUAUCAAUUUAUGUCAGAGAAUGAACAAAUGAAUAAUACUAUAAAACCUAAAAGAUUAAAUAGUGCGAGUCAAACUUUAACACCGCAACUGGGAUUAGGAUCACUCGAAAAUACUGCAGACUUUGCUAAGCAACUUAUAUCGGGAGAUAUGUCCCAAAAACUUUUUCAAAUUAUACAGGUAUUACAUAAAAAUAUUCCUGAAAAGAUAUUAAAAAUUCAGGAAUAUCCAAACUUGGAUUUAGAUGGUAAAGAGAGUAAAAAAGUUAAUCCAGCUUUAGAAUUAAUUAAAUCAAUUUGUAAGGUUUUGUCUUUAGAUAAAGAAGUUGAAAAUGAAGUAUAUCAUUUACAAACAAAUAUGUUACGACUGAUUGGAAUUGGUAGUUUCAGUGAUACAGUUGAAUGGAAAGAUCCAUGUAUUUCUUUAAUUUUACCUGAAGUCAUAUGUAAAGCAUGUAAUCACACGAGAGACAUUGAUCUUUGCAAAGAUAAUCUCUGUAUGAUGGAAAAUGAUAGGUACAUAUGGAAGUGUCCUCUUUGCAAAAUGAACUACGAUAACGAGGAAAUAGAAUUUCUUUUGAUGGAUUGUUCUGGUGAUUUCAAAACUUUAAUACCUAAGAGUGAAAUAAUAAAAUUUAUAAAGAUAUGUAAAUCAGUAGGUAGAAAAUGCAACAUGGAAACAUUGAUGGAAAUAGUCGAAAAUACAAGACUUUUUAUAGAUUCUACAUAA